UGGGUGGUGCUUUUCCACAGUUCUGUAAGCCUAUUAUGCUGGCUGGUCUUCUGCAUACAUAUCGUUUUCUGUUUAAGAAAGUAAAGCCCCAGAGUUCAUGAGUCACAAUCUGGAAAGGAGAAAAGUUCUUUUACACUGGAAAUCUUCUCCAAGAACCAUCUGGUUGCUAAAGAGAGGCUGCCAAGCAACAUCACAGAUUCAAGUGUGACAAGUAACAACAGGAAGGAAAGAAAGUCUGAUCUUGCUUUGUACAAACAUGGGAAGCAACUCUGAAGAUUCUUCUCAUUGCAAGCAAAAAGCAUCAAAUGGGAAUUGUGUUGCUCCACCAGUCUCUGAGGAGCGGAAGAAUUUUGAUAUGCUCUAUACAAUCGAAGAUGCGCCCCCAUGGUACCUCUGCAUCCUCUUGGGAUUUCAGCACUACUUGACAUGUUUCAGUGGCACCAUUGCCGUUCCCUUCCUUCUGGCAGAGUCUCUCUGUGUAGGGAAGGACCAGUACACCAUCAGUCAACUUAUUGGCACCAUCUUCAGCUGUGUCGGCAUCACCACCCUCAUCCAAAGCACUGUGGGCAUUAGGCUUCCUCUGUUUCAAGCCAGUGCCCUGGCAUUCCUGGUUCCUGCCAAAUCCAUCUUGGCCCUGGAAAAGUGGAAAUGUCCUCCAGAAGACCAAAUCUAUGGCAAUUGGACAUUACCACUGAACACUUCUCACAUAUGGCAACCAAGAAUGACAGAAAUCCAAGGAGCCAUCAUCAUUUCCAGCCUUGUGGAAGUGGCAAUUGGAUUCCUGGGCGUUCCUGGAGCCUUGCUCGGCUACAUUGGGCCCCUGACAGUCACACCUACUGUCUCCUUAAUAGGUCUCUCUGUCUUCCAAGCAGCAGGAGAUAGAGCUGGAUCACACUGGGGCAUUGCUGCAUUGUCUAUUUUUUUAAUUGUUCUGUUUGCUCAGUACCUACGAAAUGUUUCUUUUCUCCUUCCUGGGUAUAAAUAUGGGAAAGGCUGCAUUUUGAUCCGGAUACAGAUCUUCAAGAUGUUUCCAAUCAUACUAGCCAUUUUGGUGGUCUGGCUGCUUUGUUACAUUCUGACAGUGACGGACGUGUUUCCUCGGGAUGCCAGUGCCUACGGAUUCAAGGCCAGAACAGAUGCUAGAGGAGAAAUCUUGUCCAUAGCACCCUGGUUCCGCUUUCCUUACCCCUGUCAGUGGGGGAUGCCCACAGUGACUGCGGCUGCUGUGCUGGGAAUGUUCAGUGCUACAUUAUCUGGCAUCAUCGAGUCCAUCGGAGAUUAUUAUGCCUGCGCCCGACUUGCAGGUGCUCCCCCGCCACCAGUCCAUGCCAUCAAUAGAGGCAUUUUUACAGAGGGAAUCUGUUGUAUCAUUGCUGGGUUGCUGGGCACUGGCAAUGGUUCUACUUCCUCCAGCCCGAAUAUUGGAGUCUUGGGCAUCACCAAGGUGGGCAGCAGGAAAGUGGUACAGUAUGGUGCAGGAAUCAUGCUUAUUUUAGGAACCAUUGGCAAAUUUACUGCUCUGUUUGCCUCCCUCCCUGAUCCCAUCCUUGGAGGGAUGUUCUGCACUUUGUUUGGUAUGAUCACUGCAGUGGGUCUCUCCAAUCUACAGUUUGUGGACAUGAACUCCUCCCGCAAUCUUUUUAUCCUAGGUUUUGCGAUGUUUUUUGGGCUUACCCUUCCAAACUAUUUAGAUUCACGUCCGAAUGCUAUCAAUACAGGCAUUGCUGAAGUGGACCAGAUAUUAAGAGUACUUUUAACCACAGAAAUGUUUGUUGGGGGCAGCAUUGCAUUUAUAUUGGACAACACUGUUCCAGGGACUCAAGAGGAACGUGGCUUAGUACAGUGGAAGGCUGGAGCACAUGCCAACAGUGACGAAUCUGCAAAACUGAAGAGUUACGAUUUUCCCUUUGGGAUGGGUCUGAUUAAAAGGACUCACUGGUUAAAGUAUGUACCAGUGUGUCCUGUUUUCAAAGGUUUUAAGUCAAGAACAAAGGAAGAUCCUGCCCUAUCAGAACAAAUUGACAAUACAGUGGAUGAAUUAGGGAUGUGUACCAAGAUUUGAAGGGGUUCUUCAUAGUAUAAUGAAAAGUGAACAACAGGGACUGCAGACAAGUUUAGCUGUAUUUAAACUAUUUCAGUGAAAGUGUCUCAGAUCAGUCAAGAUCAAUAACUGAAACACAUCAGGGGAUAUUUGUGUGGCUAUUCAAGAACUAUUAUUCUUAUAUAUCAUAUUCUGUUAGAAAAACCUGAUUUAAGAGUUCACUUAAGCACUGUCGAAACAUACUAAUUCAGAGGCAAUAAGUUUGUUCACUUUGAUUUGUAAAUAUCCAGUGUGUGUUUAGAAGGAAAGCAGGUACUUUCUUGAUAUUGGAAGAUUUAUUUGAAGACUGCCAGAUGUGGGCCACAAAAAACAGCAGACGGUAGAUGACAAAGAUACACAAAAUUUUCUUUGUCCCCAUCCAGAUCUUAACAGUCCAGAUCUGAUGGAGCUGAUCAUGUGUGAUCCAAGGUCAAAUUACUGCAGUCAGUCCUAAUUCUGUGACAUUCAUUCAUACUUACAUGCAAGUAAAACCUUUUUUAAAAAACUGGCCAGUUUUUUUUUUUGCGGGGGGGGGGGGGACUGUGGGGACAACUAUGUCCAUAAAAGUGUAAUGUCUGUGAAAUAUAAUAAUAUAUAUUUAUGUCGUUGGCUGUUUCUGUCAAUUUCUGUUCAUUGUAUAAUGAAGCAAAUUUAUUGUUGGGACUGUGCCAUAAACACCUUUUUUCCUACUUGCUUAGGAAAAAUCUGAACUAAAAUAUUGACCGUAACAUUCAAAAUCAAAAAAUGAGGUUUUAACAGUAAUUUGUUUUGCUUUGAUAAGUCAGAAUUUUUUUGUUAAAAUAUUAAUAGGUGGUAGAUAAUCUGAAGAACACUCUUAUCAAGAUUUUCUUCACAAGUUCCAGGAAUCAAAUUCUGUUUUUAUAUAUGCACAUGAAAUGGUUCCAACACCCAAGAUCCAUUCAUCCUUUUACAAUCAUUAACGUAUUUGUCUCAUAAAGACAACCAGUAAAGGAUGAAAACUAAGAGGAAAUUUUAAGAAAUCUAAAGUGGUAGUUUAGGAAAUUAAAAAAAGAGAGAGAGAGAAAUGGGAAGCUUAACCUGUUGUCAAAUUUAAUUUUUAGCAUCUUUCUCCAUUAACAUGGUGGGAAGGUAGCUUGGGUUGAGAUUCAAUGACAUGUGAAGAGGCCCAAACCCCAAUCCAUACCUAUUCAGGUAUUUUCUUGUAUACUUGUCAAGUCCAUACUAAACAAAAUACAGCUGUAUGACUUCUCAAUGUGAAAAUUUUAAGGUCAGUCCUCUUUAAGCUGAUGUCCCCCCCACCGUUUGGACUGCAGUUCCCUGCGGACUGCAUGACUACUGGGAACGUGCUGUAGUGCAGGAAGGGAAUUAUAAUUCAGAACAUAUGAAGUGCAGCACAUUAAAGGGCAGUGACGCAGAUUAUUAAAAUACAGGUAUACAGGUAGUCCUCGACUUACAACAGUUCACUUAGUGGCCAUUCGAAGUUACAAUGGCACUGCAAAACGUGGCUUAUGACCAUUUUUCACACCUAUGACCGUUGCAGCAACCCUACGGCCAUGUGAUUUACACUCAGAUGCUUGACAACAGACUUGUAUUU